UUUAUAAAAUUAAAGAGUACAAAUCCCUCUUUCCCUCUCCCUCCAUAAUCGAUUUUUCGGCUCUGUGUAUACAAAACCUCCCUCUUUCACUCUUUAAGCAAUUCCCUCUAAAACCUUUGAAACCCCAACAAAUAAAAAUAAUAAUACUUUAAGCCUCUGAACGUGCCUGAAGCGGCAACAUCUUACCAUUGCGAUCUCGACGCGUGAAAAUUAUUAAAAUCCCAUUCUCCUUCUCUCUUCUAUCCUCAUUCAGACCCGCGGGUUAGCUUCAUCUCUCGUUUUCACUUUCUGGAUUUUUUUUGUUUGGUUUUGAUUCUUGUCGAAGAACUGAUUUUUUCGCGAUUCUUCUUAUGGAAUACGAAGUUUGCGAUAGUAGCGGGAUAUUGCUUUGGGUUGGGAGUCUUGCUUGGGACUUGAGAGUGGAGAAGAUGCUUUCAUAUUUUUUUUUAUGGAGAACUAGAGGUGGCAGCCAAAGGACUUCAAUUAGAUGUGCUUAAACCUGCUCCAGCCAAAGUAAGACAGAAUUCUGAAAGCGUUUAAGCUUAUUAUGUUUCUUGCCUCCCUGCUGUAAUUGACCUUGUGAGGUACCGAUGAUGAUCUUCCUCCACAUCAAAAUAGAGUUCAAAGAGGUAGUCGUGUUACUGUAAAUGGACGAUCUGGUGUAGGUUCUGCCUCAUUUUCUAGGAUGCAUAGUGAUAUGGAAGUGCAAAUUCAUCAACUUGAGCGAGAAGCUUAUUGUGCUGUUUUGCGGGCUUUUAAAGCUCAGUCUGAUGCCAUUACUUGGGAAAAGGAAGGUUUGAUAACAGAACUUAGGAAAGAGCUCAGAGUGUCAGACGAUGAACACAGAGAACUUCUAACAAAGGUCAAUGGCGAUGACAUUAUCAAAAGGAUAAGGGAUUGGAGACAGGCAGGUGGACACCAAGCUGCUCGGCUUGCCUCGUCUCAGCCUUCUCAUGACCUGUUAUCCAGCCCUAGUGUUUCUGCAUCCCGCAAGAGACAGAAGAUGUCUCAAUCGCAGGGUCAGCCAUUGCACAGUUUACCCAUGAUAAAUCCAUUGCAGUACCCUGCUGCUGGUGCAGCUGGAAAUAGAUCAUUUAUAAAUCGUUGUUCUUCUGGUGCCAUUUCUGCAAAUGAACCUGCUGAAGGGGCUAAUUCUUUCGUUGGAAGGAAAGUAUGGACAAGAUGGCCUGAAGACAACCAUUUCUAUGAGGCUGUCAUUACUGAUUAUAAUCCUGUAGAGGGCCGACAUGCUUUGGUUUAUGAUAUUCAUACAGCGAAUGAGACUUGGGAAUGGGUAAAUCUGAAAGAGAUUUCUCAUGAAGAUAUCCGGUGGGAUAGUGAUGACCCAGGCGAAUCAUAUCGAGGGGGUCAUGUUGGGCAAGGCCAUGGAGUUAAAAAGCGUUUUGCCCGUGGUGGUCAUACUCCAGGUGCUGGAAGAGGGAGAGGAUCCUCAAAGGGUCAGUUUCAGGGUCAGGGUCAGGGUCAGGGUCAGGGUCAACUUAGAAAAGAAUAUGUGCCAUCACAGAAUAGGAUUGAAAAGAGCAGUUCUGAUGAUAUUGAAUUGCUUAACACAGAGACAUUAGUACAGGAGGUGGAGAAGAUCUUUGAUGCAACAAAUCCAGAUCCCCUGGAGCUCAGUGAGGCAAAGAAAAUGCUGAAAGAACAUGAACAGGCACUAAUUGAAGCAAUCUCAAGGCUUGCAGAUGCAUCCGAUGGGGAAAGUGACGGAGAACAGCUGGUUUCACAUGUACGGUUAAUGGAACAUGAAUGACAGUGGAAACCCCAUCAGGAUACCAACAUCCUCAGGGACGACAAUCAAAGAAAGAACUGGUUGUUUUGAAGUUGAUAUCCCAAUGGUUUGAAGGUCGAGUUGCAACAAAUAAACAAAAAGAUUGGAAGAUGUCACCGAGUUACAAGUUCGUUUUUAAAUUUGUUGGGAUUUUGCCUCUUUGCUGGACAAGAAAAUGGCAACUGUAACAAUGGAGUGCCUGAACUUGUGAUGCACAAUCAUUUGGAACAGAUCUUAGUCGUUUCCUUUAUGUGAAAGGAUGAUCGUUGUAGCCUGAGAACUGAGAUUAUAAUGUAAAAUCGAUUAGCACAGCCCUAACACUGUAAAGAUUAUUUUUCUGGUAAACUUUCUCAGACUGAUUGCUUGGUUGCA